AUGGAUUUUCGUCUUGAGUGGGUCAAAUCGAAGGUAAAGAAAUAUUUUGGUCUGAAAUCUGAUAAAUAUUUCCAUGAUAUGCUUUCCAACGUCGAUGACCUGGAGGACCAGUUAUAUUCUUUUCUGGACGAUGACAUUGUGGCUCAGGACGAAAGCCAAAAAAGAUUUUUUUAUGUUUAUAAAGAAUCCUUCGAGACACUUGUUGAGGAGGAAAUUUUAGUGCCUGAAAUCGUGAGGAAGCCGAAAGCCCCUGCAGUUGAAGAUUUACCCCCCCCAGAACCAGCAAAAGGAAAAAAGAGAAAAGGUAAAGGAAAGGAGAAAAAGGGAAAAGGAAAGAAACAAUCUUUGCCGAAGGAAAAGAAGGAGGAACAAUCUCCGAGAACAGUCAUAGAUGCAGAAACUGGAGAAUCAGUACAAAGACUGGAAGAAGAAGGUGGAGAAAUUGGAGAAGAUGUCUUUUCCACCCCGAAGGAAGGUGUCACAGAGACAAAUGUGUCUGAGGAAGAGUACGAUGAAGAUGGAGAACUGCUGUCGGUAGAGUGGGAAGAGGAAAUUGUUAUGGUUCCCAAAAUGAUAACCAAAACAUCCCAGGAUUAUACGUUGCAUGCGAAUUUUGGCCUCGUGAAGGAGGCGCUGCAACCGCAGUGUAACAAACGAUUUGUAUACUUUUAUCGGAAAACUGAGGAGGGCAUACCCAACUAUGACUAUGCCGAAGAUGCAGAAGCAGAGAUGUCCUAUUUGUUCAUCAUUGGAUGCUGCAAUGGUAAUUUUUUGAUCAACGCCAGUCAGCUCAUUCAAAAUGUUUUCCACCCACUUUUUGAGGGAUACUUUCAAGAGCCAGUAGUUAAGCGUGCUAUCCCACAAAGACCAGAGGAGCAAGGAGACUCAUUUCGUGUCUCGAUUAGUUCAGUAGAGGCUGCAGAUCUGAAGAGACCAUCUGAUUACAGGAGGAUGUCCUUGUCAGUUAAAAAGGCUCGGGAGAGGAAUGAAUUGAGAAGUAUAGUUGUAGGACAUGAGGCAGCCUCUAGGCGUAAGAGGAAGGAGGAGACCAUAAGUAAUACUCCCAUUAAAGAUGACUUGAUCACGGAAGUAACAGCUUUUGGAGAAAAUUUGGACUGGGCUAUGGAGCAUAUUGAAGAUGAAAUAGACCUCCCAAUGAGUCGAUUUCCUGAAGUUUUAUUCAGUGACAAAUCUGAUGAUGAAAUUUUGCAAGAACCAGAUAUUGUUGAGGCUCUAGAGGCAUUGGUGAUGGAAUGGGAGAGGCACAUACUAAGGGUCAUAGAAAGUCUGGAGAAUAAGAAACCUGACGGUCCCGGUCCAAUUGCUGAAUACACUUAUUGGCAUGAGAAAGAAGCUGCACUAAGCGUAAUGGUUGAACAACUCAAAAAACCAACGUUUUUGAAAGUAUCGAAAUUAUUGGAAAAAACUAAGUCUCCCAUUAUAGACGCUUUCGUUCAUUAUCAGCUGGACUUGAAGAAGAAUUAUAUACAAGCCAGGGACAAUGUGAAAUUCUUGUACACCAUUCUGCGAUAUCUCAAUAUUGUAACCCACUGCGACGAUUUCGCUACUGUUAAAGGAAUAUUGAUGGAACUGAUGGAUGGCUUACAACUUAUUUGGGUUUUGUCAAGGUAUUAUUGUACAGAUGAGAAAAUGAUACCCCUGAUGGAGAGAAUUGCUUACUGUCUCAAGGACAAAGUUAAAAGAGCCCUGAAUCCUGAAUUCUUGUUCAGAAAUCCUAUAUCAGAAAUAAGAUGUCAGACAGAAACCGCAAAGGAUAUGUUGGAAAUGUGGAAGACUGCCUAUCUUACCAUCAGGCAAAAAAUAGAGGAUUCUGGUAAAGGACAGCGAUGGGAGUUCGAUAAAAUAAGAUUAUUUUCUGAAUCGGAUUACAUAGCCAAAGUGUGCGGCGAUUUGAGAGAUGUAGCGAUGGCGAUGUUCCACUUUUACAACAUAUUUGGUCCGGAACUUCGUUCCAUAGUCGUAGAUCCACAGAGAAUAGACAGCGUGUCCAAAAGAGUCGAAAAAUUAGUUAUCCAAAUUGAAAACACCGACUUUGAUAUAUUCAUGGAGAGUUCCAAAGAAAACUGGGAUCAAGUAAUGGACAAUUUUUAUCAUGAGGUGGAAAAGUUAGAUAUGGAAGCUGUUAAUUUCAUUGAUCAAAGUUUCAAAAUACUGAGAUCUUCCGAAAUAGCACUUGAAAUGCUGUUAAAAUUCAAGCAUAUGGAGACACGUCAGGUUAUUCUUGAUAGGCUGAUGUGCAAAUUCGAUGUUAUUUUGGAUCAGUUCAUGAAAGAAGUGUUAGAAGUGGACAAUAUUUUCACUAGAAACCGUCGUCAUCCGAUACUAUGUCGGAAUUUUCCGCCAAAAGGAGGUUCCAUCUACUGGGUGAGAUUGAUGUUCCACAAACUCAAGAAGAUGAUUAUGAAAUUUCAAAAUGUUCCCGAAUUGAUCUCUUCAAGGAUGAAAGAGAAUGCCUUCAGAAGUUAUCUUAAAGUAAGCAAGGCAUUAAUGGCUUUCGAACAGAGUAAAUUUGAUCAAUGGCAUGAUGAAUGCGCGAAUGCCGUAGAGAAGGCUAUGCAGAUGGAUAUUUUGAAAGUUUCCAGUCUAUUGUUCAAGAAGGGAAUUGACGACGAUCUCAAAAUGGAGGAUAUGAAAGCCAAAACUUCUAAGCAGAGCUCUAGCAUUCAACCGACGAAACCGCCAUCCAAACCAAGUUGGGUUCAAAAUUCUGCAUCUGCUCCCAAAGGUUUAAAAUUUUCAAUCGUUGCUUCUACACUAAAAUGGUUGAUGUCAGCGAAGACCACCAAUAUGCUUAUGGAUAAAAUGAAAUCAUUAAAAAGCCUGACCUGGCAUGAAGUUAUGGGAGACAAUAUAAUGGCAGAGCAAAAUUUAGAAUUCUCUUUGAAUUUCGACUGGGAGCUUUUCAAUUCUAUAAGAGAAGGAUGUUUCAUGGAGUACUUCGGCUACGUGCUACCUGCUGAUAUAAGGAUGGUUGCCAUCCAAAAAGACAGAUUACAAAGUGAUGUGCAAGCAAUAACUGACAUGCUCGAAGCGUACAACGAUAUUACUUUGAAAUUAACAGCACCACAGAUGAACUUGCUCAAGGAAGAAAUAAAGGAGGUAGAACUUUAUGUUCAGCAAGGACUGAGUAGAAUUAAUUGGAGGUCUCUUGGAAUAGCAGAUUACGCCAAAAACUGCGUUUUGAAGAUCAACCACCUCAAAACGUUAUUCUCUCAAAUUGAAUACAUAGAGGCAGAUAUCGAUAAACGGAUCAAGAAACUCGGCAAUUUCAAUUUGUUUGAUUUCGUCACUGAGGAAGAAAACUCCAGUCGUCUUCCUUGUAAGCUAUUUUUCGGUGCCGUAGUUGACCUGCGCACCGAACGCCUCAAUGAAAUGAUGAAUAUUUAUGGAACUUUUGGACCCAUACUCAUAAAAGUGGAAUAUUUAGUUCUCAAAUCGAACACCGGGAUGGCACCCCAAAUGGCGCCGUACUACCAUCAUUGGGAGAACGAAAUCUUCCAAUCGCUUAUAACAAUGGUGGUCAGAAAUUUGGAAACGUUUACCGCUAAACUUGCUGCGAAAAAUUUGUUGUUUCGAGUGGAUGCUGUAGUACAAUUACCUGAGGUCGUAUUGUAUCCCACUGCCCCUGAAAUUUAUAACACUAUAGUCAGAAAUGCCAAAGAUUUUCUAGAUACUUUGAAAUCUUUCACCAGAUGGAUGGAUAAAAUGUGUAAACCUUGUAAGCCCAUAAAAAUAUCAAAAAUGGAGGAAUUCACAUACACAUUUUAUGACGAUAUAAUCAAAAUUCCUGACAUCACCGAUUUGAUAGCCAAGCUUCAAGAAACUGCCCAUAAAACAAUCUACCAAGUACAUAGAUACGUCCAGAAAUGGAGGAGAUAUAAGAGUCUGUGGGGUUUCGACAAAGAAGUGACUUGCUUGGGUUGGGUUCAGAAACAUAAUCUUCUAGAAGAUUUCGACGAUAAAUUCAGUUUUUAUCAGAGUAUCCGAGCAAAGAUGGAAGAGCAGGAACAUCUAAUACCUAUUGGGGCCAUUCAGUUGAAUCUACAUCCUCUUUUGAUUGAAAUAGGUAAACAUUCUCUGGAAUGGAAGACGAUAUUGGGUAGGCAACUCGAAGAAAGAACUUUCGCAGCCAUGGAAGAACUAAGAGAUUCAAUAGUAGAGUUGAAGGCGCAGGUGAAUCAAAACAUCAAAGGAUUAGACAAAUUCAAGUCAGUUAUGCAGGCCAUCGGAGCCAUAACGAAGAGAAAUUUGCAUGCAGAAUUGGAAUACCUCAAUUUUCAAGAAACUUACAGUGUACUGAAGCAACAUCAGUUACCGUACGAUCCAGAACAUGAGGAAUUAGCAUAUAAGCUGGAGAAAGAUUGGAAAUCCCUUUUCAUAACGGCACUUUACCGAGAACAGAAACUUGAGAGUACCAAAGAUAGAUUUGCUUUGAUAACCUUGAACCAAAUAAACGAUUUCUGCAAAUUGCUAGCAGACUUUGUGAAACGGUUCAAUGAAGAAGGUCCCGGUUCUGUAGGCGAAGACCUUGACAGGGGCGUAGGGCUCAUGGAGGAAUACGAGAGGCUCUUUUUUGAAUUCGAGGAGAGACGCCAAGAACUGCUUCAAGCUGAAAUGUUAUUCGAUAUUCCUUUGGCAGAUUACAGUGAAUAUCUCAAGGCCAAAGAUGUUUACGAUGGUAUGGAGUUGAUAUAUAGGAUAUACAAAAAUCAGAAGCACGCACGUGAAAUUUGGGGAAAAACAUUAUGGGCGAAUCUUAACCCUCAAGCUCUCGUCGACGGUAUGGAAAACUUUGUGAAGGAAUUCAAGAAGCUACCAAGAGUGGUAAAAAAUUUACCGGUAGGAGCUACGCUCGAGAAUAAGAUGAAAAUGUUCAAAAAUAGCGUUCCCUUGAUGGUCUCAUUAAAGAAUGAAGCAUUGAGAGAACGGCACUGGAAGCAAUUGAUGUUGAAGACAGGAAUUGAGUUUGAUAUGGCACCUGACAGGUUCACUUUGGAUAAUAUGUUCUCAAUGGAAUUGCAUCGAUAUCAAGAUAUAGCUGAAGAGAUUAUAACGAAUGCAAUAAAGGAAUUGGCGAUAGAAAAAGGGGUUAAGGAAAUUGUAGAUACAUGGGCAACCAUGUCAUUCAUCAUCGUGAAACAUUCGAAGGGCAGCGAAGACCGUGGAUAUCUUUUGGGGCCAGUAGAUGAAAUAAUGCAAGUUUUGGAAGAUAACUCGAUGAAUCUACAGAGUAUGGCUGGUUCUCAGUUUGUCGGUCCAUUCCUACCGAUAGUUCAGAAGUGGGAAAAAAAUUUAUCGACCAUCGGGGAAGUUAUCGAUGAAUGGUUGCAAGUCCAAAGGAAGUGGUUGUAUCUAGAAGGAAUUUUUGUUGGGGGCGACAUAAGAGUUCAACUUCCGGAAGAAGCUAAAAAGUUCGAUGACAUCGACAAAAACUUCAAGAAGAUCAUGGCGGAUUCUGUUAAAAAACCACUGGUCUGUGAUUGUUGCUUAGUACAAGGACGUUUAUCGGAGUUUCAAAUGUUGAGCUUAGGUCUUGAUAAAUGCCAAAAGUCUCUGAACGAUUAUUUAGAUUCGAAACGAAGACGUUUUCCUAGGUUUUAUUUCAUUUCCACGGAAGAACUGCUAUCAAUAUUAGGCAGUAGUGAUCCUAACUGCGUACAAGAUCACAUGAUCAAAAUGUUCGAUAACAUCAAAUCCUUGCGUAUUGCUCCAGACAGUCAAGACAGGCUAGUCGCAAGUGCCAUGAUAUCGGCAGAAGGUGAAGUUAUGGAAUUUAGAACAGCGGUGUUUGUAGCAGGGAAAGUUGAGGAUUGGAUGAACGAUGUGCUGUUGGAGAUGAGACGAUCCAAUAGGUUCAUAACAAAAGCUGGCAUUUUCUACUACGGAAAAAUCCGAAGACCCAGAACAGAGUGGAUGUUGGAAUAUCUCGGCAUGGUAUGUCUCGCUGGAAGUCAAGUAUGGUGGACUGCAGAAGUUGAGAACGUAUUUGUGAAGAUCAAAAAGGGGAACAAAAGAGCCAUGAAGGAGUAUCUGACGCAACUGAAUUCGCAACUGGACGAAAUAGUAGUGAGCGUCAGAGCAGAUCUGACUCCAAACACGAGGUCUAAAAUGAGGACCAUAGCAAUUAUCGAAGUGCACGCAAGAGACAUCAUAGAAGGCUUUGUGAGGGACAGUGUGACUGAUGCCCAAGAAUUCGAAUGGGAGAGUCAACUUCGAUUCUACUGGAUCAACCACUUGGAUAAUCUCUAUGUAAAUCAGUGCACAGGUUCGUUCGAAUACGGUUAUGAAUAUAUGGGAUUGAACGGCAGACUGGUGAUAACAGCUCUGACCGAUCGUAUUUAUCUAACAAUAACACAGGCACUUAUCAUGCAUAUGGGCGGGGCCCCAGCAGGACCUGCAGGAACUGGAAAAACCGAAACAACAAAAGAUUUGGCGAAAGCCAUGGCGCUUCUUUGCAUAGUUACAAAUUGCGGAGAAGGUAUGGACUUCAAAGCCAUAGGCACAACUCUUGCCGGCUUGGUACAGUGCGGAGCAUGGGGAUGUUUCGAUGAAUUCAAUCGAAUUGACAUAUCAGUUUUAUCGGUAAUAUCAACACAAUUACAGACAAUAAGAAGUGCCUUGAUGAACAAAGUGGACAAAUUUAUGUUCGAAGGCGCUGAAAUUCAUCUAGAUCCCAAAGUCGGUAUUUUUAUAACUAUGAAUCCAGGUUAUGCAGGACGUACAGAGUUGCCAGAAUCUGUAAAAGCAUUAUUCCGACCUGUUGUUUGUAUAGUCCCUGAUAUGGAAAUGAUUUGUUUGAUAUCCUUAUUUUCCGAUGGAUUUUUGGAAGCUAAGGUUUUGGCAAAGAAGAUGACGGUUUUAUAUAAAUUAGCUAGAGAACAACUUUCCAAACAAUUUCAUUAUGACUGGGGUCUCAGAGCCUUAAAUGCUGUCUUGAGAAUGGCUGGAGUUCUGAAGAGGGCGUCGCCAGAUAUAAAAGAAGCUUUAGUACUCAUGCGAGCUCUGCGAGAUAUGAAUCACCCUAAAUUCGUGUUUGAUGAUGUUCCUUUGUUUUUGGGUCUCAUCAGAGAUCUAUUUCCUGGAAUGGAUUGCCCCAGAGUGGGUUAUCCGGAUUUCAAUGCAGCAGUAGAAACUGCUCUAGCUAGAAAGCAGUAUAUUAUUCUGCCUUACCAAGUGGACAAAGUUGUUCAGUUCUAUGAAACGAUGAUGACAAGACACUCGACAAUGCUAGUAGGGCCCACUGGGGGUGGAAAGUCUGUGGUUAUUCAUACGUUAGCAGACGCUCAAACUAUCAUGGGGCUACCCACCAAGAUUUAUACAUUGAACCCUAAGGCGUGUUCAGUUAUAGAGUUGUAUGGGAUUUUAGACCCAGCUACUAGAGACUGGGUGGAUGGACUACUCUCUAACAUAUUCAGGGAGAUGAACAAACCUACUGAAAAACAAGAGAGGAGGUAUAUUUUAUUCGAUGGAGAUGUUGAUGCGCUCUGGAUAGAAAACAUGAAUUCAGUAAUGGAUGAUAAUAAACUCCUGACUUUGGCCAAUGGUGAAAGAAUUCGACUGCAAACCCCAAUAUGCGCGCUACUAUUUGAAGUAGGAGAUCUGCAGUAUGCUUCACCGGCUACAGUAUCAAGAGCUGGCAUGGUGUAUGUAGAUCCCAAGAAUUUAGGUUAUCAACCUUAUUGGGACAGAUGGAUAAAAACAAGAACACACCCGCCUGAUUUCGAAGCAUUUCAGGAGCUAUAUGAGAGAUAUAUUCCUGAUCUUUUAGCCUACGUCAUAGAAGGAACCCUAGCGAAUCGACAAGUAGCCCCUUUGAAAACCGUCAUUCCUCAAACAGGAUUGAACAUGGUGACUCAACUAUGUUUCGUGAUAGACGCCAUUUUACCUCAACCAGCUGAAGACACCAGAAAUCCAGAAGAACCUGCAGAUACCGAACUGAUUGAAGCCGUGUUCGUUACAGCCCUAUACAAUUCUGUUGGUGCUGCACUCUUACUCGACGGGAGAAAAGAGUUCGAUGAGUUUAUGAAAAGUUUGUGUUCAAUGUUGAAAGCGGAGGAUACAAAGGAUCAACCAUGUGAUAUACGUAAAAUGCCAACAUCUUUUCCGACUUUUUAUGACUAUUAUUUAGACAUAGAAGAAAGGAAGUGGAUCGCUUGGGACUGGUUAGUACCACAGUAUAUUCACGAGCCCGAAAAACGUUUUGCCGAAAUUUUAGUACCCACAAUUGAUACUGUCCGGACAACGUAUGCUUUGAAGCUGAUGAAUCGCGUGAAAAGACCAAUUAUACUGAUAGGAGAAACAGGUACAUCGAAAACUGCUAUUAUACAGGAUUUCCUGAGGAAUCUGGAUCAAGAAUCCUAUAUUAUAAUGAAUAUAAAUUUCUCAUCACGAACAACCUCAAUGGACGUACAAAGAAAUUUGGAGUCAUCUGUUGAGAAGAGAACCAAAGAAAUUUACGGUCCACCAAUGGGUAAAAAAUUGAUUUGCUUCAUCGAUGAUAUGAACAUGCCUCAAGUCGAUGAAUAUGGUACCCAACAACCCAUAGCCCUGAUGAAACUUCUAUUCGAAUUGGGAGGAUUUUUUGAUAGGGGAAAAGAUUUGAACUGGAAAUCUUUGAGGGAUAUAUUCUAUUUUGCCGCGAUGGGUGUCGCUGGUGGCGGUAGAAAUGAAGUAGAUCCAAGAUUCAUGUCGAUGUUUACUGUGUACAAUUUGAUAUUUCCGACGUCUGAAACGCUGCAGCAUAUUUACAGUUGUAUAUUAUCAGGACACCUUAGCACAUUUGUUCCUGAAGUUCAAGUUGGUAGUAAGUUGAUAACAAUGACGAUCAAUCUUUACAACAUAUUAAUUAUUCAGUUACCCCCAACUCCCAAGAAGUUCCACUAUAUAUUCAACAUGAGAGAUCUUUCAAGGAUUGUAGCUGGAAUGUGCAUAACAAAACCUCAUCUUUAUACUACUAUCCCACAAGUCGUUAGGGUAUGGAGGAAUGAAUUCACGAGAGUCAUUUGUGACAGACUGAUAAACGAAAAAGACCAGGAAAUGAUGAGAAACUAUAUCAUAAAACAAAUUCAAACUGAAUUUCCUCCGCCAGUCAAAGAAGUUGCUGCAGUUCCAGAGGAUGAAGACGAAGAUUUCACAUUUGUAGCCGAAGAAGAAAAAACGCAAGAACAAGAGGAGGAACAGAUUGAUGUCACCGAAUAUGCAAUGCGAGAUCCAUUACUUUUCGGAGACUACAGAAAUGCCAUCAAUGAAGAUGAGGCAAGAUGUUAUGAAGAUUUGUUAGACUAUGAAGCAAUAUAUUUUCUCUUUCAAGAGAUUCACGAGGAGUACAAUGAGGUGAAAGAGAAACUUCCCAUUGUUCUUUUCGAUGACGCUCUGGAGCACUUGACAAGAAUUCACCGUAGUUUGAGGUUACAGAAAGGUCAUGUUAUGAUCGUUGGCGUUGGUGGAAGUGGAAAAUUAAGUUUAACCAAACUUGCAGCUUUCACGGCUGGUUGUGAUCUCUUCACCAUUACCCUCUGCAGAGGUUACAAUGAGACAAUGUUCAAGGAAGAUUUGAAAGUAUUAUAUAACAAACUGGGUGUAGACAAUAAGCCCACUGUCUUCUUCUUCGCUGCCGCUCAAGUUGUUGAAGAAGGCUUUCUCGAAUUCAUUAACAAUAUUUUAAUGAUUGGUAUUGUUCCCUCACUUUUCACCGACGAUGAUAAAGACGCCAUUAUUGGCAAUUGCAGAAAUGCUGCAACAAAGGCUGGCUAUGGAGUCGCUAAAGAUAAUGUCUGGCAAUAUUUCGUCAAUACCUGCAACGAUAAUUUACACGUAGUGCUUUCAAUGUCACCAGAAGGAGAAAUUUUGAGCAAGAGGUGUAGAAAUUUUCCAGGCUUGGUCAACAAUACAACAAUUGAUUGGGUAUUUCCUUGGCCAGUGCAAGCGUUAUUCGCUGUUGCUUCCGUAUUCUUGAAAGAAAAUCCGAAGAUACCUGAAGAUUACAGAGCAACAAUUAUUGAACAUGUUGUCAACUCACACAGGGAUAUUAUGCAUUUCACUGUUGAAUAUGCUUUAAGACUGAGGAGAAAGAACUAUGUCACUCCUAAACAUUACUUAGAUUUCAUACAAACCUACCUCAGAUUACUGGAUGAGAAGAAUGCUUUCAUCAAAAGCCAGUGCGACAGAUUGAUGAGUGGAAUGUCUAAAAUCGAAGAAGCUAGUGGCGAAUUGGCUGUUCUGAAUGAGAAAUUGGAGAAACAAAAAGUAAUUGUCACUCAAGCAACUCUUGAAUGUGAAGCUAUGCUAGUUGAGAUAGAUGCAGGUACGAAGAAAGCCACUGAAAAGAAGAACAUAGCAUCAGUGAGGAGUACAGAAAUUGAAGAACAAGCCAAAGUAAUCAGUGUUGAACAGGGAGAAGCAGAAGAAGCCUUGGCGGAGGCAAUGCCUGCGCUCGAAGCAGCCAGAAUUGCUCUAGAAGAUUUGGACAAAUCCGAUAUCACAGAAAUCAGAUCCUUCGCAACACCUCCUGAAGCUGUCCAAGUGGUGUGCGAGUGCGUUGCCAUUAUAAGAGGCUACAAGGAGAUCAACUGGAAAACUGCAAAAGGUAUGAUGGCUGAUCCGAAUUUUUUGAAGACGCUGCAAGAAAUGGACGUAAAUAACAUCACACAAGCUCAGCAGAGAGCCGUUAGAGCGCACAUGAAAAAAUCUUCUAAACUGAACGAUAUGGCAUCUAUAUCGAAAGCAGGUUAUGGUUUACUCAAAUUCGUGUUGGCAGUUUUGGAUUACUGUGUUGUUUACCGUGAAGUGAAGCCGAAGAAAGAAAGGGUAGAAGAGCUACAAAAAGAAUACGAUACCGCGAAAAGGAAUUUGGAGAAACUUUAUAAUGAAAUUGCAAAACUCGAAGAGGAUCUAGCAAAAUUGAAUGAAAAAUAUGAAACCGCCCUAAAGAGGCGUCAGGAACUUCAGGAAGAAACCGAUAUCAUGAUGAGGAGAUUAAUAGCAGCGGACAAAUUGAUCACAGGAUUAAGUUCCGAAAAAGCUAGAUGGACUGAAGAUUUGAAACAAUUGCACCUGGAAAAAGAAAGACUCAUAGGAAGUUGUUUAUUGUCUUCUGGUUUUCUAGCUUAUUGUGGACCCUUCACUUAUGAGUUUCGAAGAGAUAUAGUAUACGUUAAAUGGUUGGAGUCCAUAGUAACAAGAGAAAUUCCAUUGACACAGCCUUACAGGAUAGAAACGAAUUUAUCAAGUGAUGUCGAGGUGAGCGUAUGGAACUCCGAAGGUUUACCUCCAGAUGAGCUUUCGGUUCAAAAUGGCAUAUUGACAAUAAGAAGCUCAAGGUUUCCUUUAUGUAUCGAUCCACAACAACAAGCCAUAAACUGGAUAAAGAAAAGAGAAGAACAGUUCAAUCUCAAAAUUCUCAAUUUUAGCGAUAGCGAUUUCCUGAAACACUUGGAUAUGGCUAUAAAAUAUGGAUCACCUGUUAUAUUCCAAGAUGUCGACGAUUAUAUUGAUCCAGUGGUCAUCAAUGUUAUUUCGAAAAAUAUCAAGACUGUUUCAGGAAGAGUAUUCGUGGAACUUGGUGAUAAAGAAGUUGACUGGGAUCCGAAUUUCAGAUUGUACAUGACCACCAAAUUUGCUAAUCCUUUAUUCAAUCCAUCUGUUUAUGCCAUAGCUAGUGUUAUCAAUUAUACCGUUACGUUAUCUGGCUUAGAAGAUCAAUUAUUGAGUGUGGUAGUGAGGAAUGAGAGACCUGAUUUGGAGGAACAGAGAGAGAUGCUCAUAUCGGAGACGAGCGUUAACAAAAAUUUGCUGCAACAACUUGAAGAUUCCCUGCUAAGAGAAUUGUCGACUACAACUGGAAAUAUGUUAGAUAACGUGGAACUUGUGGCCACUUUGGAAAACACCAAAAGUAAAGCAGGGGAGGUAAUGGAGAAAUUGGAAUUGGCUGUGGAGACAUCGAAGGACAUCGACAGAUUGAGAGAUGGUUACAGAUCUGUUGCCAAAAGGGGUGCUAUCUUAUUUUUCGUCAUGGCCGACAUGGCAGCUGUGAACUCCAUGUAUCAGUACUCCUUGGGCUCAUAUCUUGAAGUUUUCGCAUACUCCUUGAGAAAGGCUUUACCUCACACUGUACUCUUGAAGAGAUUGGGUAACAUCAUCAAUAAUCUAACUAAGAACGUAUACGAUUAUGGAUGCACCGGUAUCUUUGAAAAGCAUAAACUUUUAUAUUCUUUUCAAAUGACAUCAAAAUUGGAACAACAUGAAGGAAACAUUACUCAGGCUGAGUUGGAGUUCUUCAUCAAAGGCUGCGUCAGUUUAGAAAAGUCGGAAAGGCAGUGUCCUGCAGCAUUCAUCUCUGUUCAGGGUUGGGAAGAUAUUAUGAAACUCUCCGGGGAUUUUCCAGUAUUCAACACCCUUCCAGAUGAUAUCUCCAGAAACGUGUCCGAAUGGAAGGAAUGGUACGAUCUGGAUGCUCCAGAAACUUCUCCUUUUCCCAACGGCUAUACAGAUAAAGUCAACGCUUUCCAAAAGUUGCUACUCCUGCGAUGUUUCAGAGUGGACAGAGUUUUCAGAGCUGUCGGAGAUUAUAUAACAGAUACUAUGGGGGAGGAGUAUAUCAUGCCACCUGUGAUUAGUUUCGAUAAUAUCUACGAACAAAGUAAUCCUACAACGCCAGUUAUAUUCAUUUUGAGCCCCGGUUCUGAUCCAACUGCCGAAUUGAUGAAAUUAGCGGAUAGAUACGGUUUUGGUGGAGGCAAAUUCAAAUACUUAUCUCUUGGACAGGGACAAGAACCCAUUGCUGUCGGUUUACUCGACACUGCUAUCAGCAGAGGGCAAUGGUUGAUGUAUCAGAACUGUCAUUUACUCCUUUCUUUCAUAAGACAACUAGAGAAACAUCUAGAAAAAGUUAGUAAGCCACAUCCGGACUUUAGGUUGUGGUUAACAACAGAUCCAGUGGGAGCUUUUCCUAUCGGUAUGUUACAACGGUCACUAAAAGUUGUAACAGAGCCACCCAAUGGUUUGAAACUGAAUCUACGAAAUACAUAUUUCAAGAUGAGAGCCCAGACACUGGAGACCUGCAGUCAUGAAAUGUACAAACCUCUCGUUUACGUUCUGGCAUUCUUUCACGCCGUAGUUCAGGAAAGAAGAAAAUAUGACAAGAUCGGCUGGAAUAUAUCUUACGAUUUCAACGAAUCCGAUUUUAACGUUUGCGUGACCAUUUUGGACACUUAUUUGACCAAAGCGAAAAAUUUGAAAGAUACGAGAAUUCCUUGGGGAAGCCUGAAAUAUUUGAUAGGGGAAGUGAUGUACGGAGGAAGGGUGAUUGACGAUUUUGACCGCAGAAUAGUUAAAAUGUAUAUGGACGAAUAUAUGGGAGAUUUCCUGUUCGACACUUUUCAGCCUUUCCAUUUCUACCACGAUGAAUUUGUCGAUUAUGUGAUACCCGAAAGUGGCUUGAAGGAUGAUUAUAUAGCUUUCAUAGAUGAACUUCCACUGACAAACAGUCCGGAAGUCUUCGGAUUACAUCCAAAUGCUGAAAUUGGAUAUUACACUCAAGCUACCAAAGAAAUGUGGAAAAUUCUCAUUGAACUUCAACCACAGACAGCUGCUACUGGAGAGGGUAUAAGUAGAGAAGAAUUCAUCGAAACCGUUGCGAAUGACGUACUCAAAAAGAUACCCGAGGAAUAUGAGAUAUGGAAGGUUCGGCGAGCAUUCCAGAGAGUCAUGUCGCCCACAAUCAUCGUUCUUCUUCAAGAAUUAGAGCGAUUCAAUAAAUUAAUAACAACGAUGAGAAGGACACUGCAACAAUUACAAAAAGCGUUAGCUGGUGAGAUUGGUAUGGACAGUAUCCUGGACAAUGUAGCCUAUUCCCUCUUCAACGGUCAGUUGCCAGAAGCAUGGAGGAAGCUUGCACCUGCAACAUGUAAGAAUUUAGGAGGCUGGAUGGAGCAUUUUGAAUCGAGACAAGCGCAGUAUUUCCAGUGGUCAACCACUGGAGAACCGCCUGUUCUAUGGAUAUCUGGACUUCACAUUCCCGAGACUUAUUUAGCAGCUUUGGUGCAGAUAGCUUGUCGCAUCCACAACUGGCCGUUGGAUAGAUCCACACUAUACACAAAUGUUACUCAGUUUGUUGAACCGUCUGAAAUCACCAUGCGGCCACCUGCUGGAAACUGUUUCGUCCAUGGACUGUUUCUGGAAGGUGCUGGCUGGGACGUGGAAAACAGUUGCUUGAGGAAAUCCCAUCCUAAAAUUUUGGUCGAGAAGCUUCCAGUACUUAGCGUCAUUCCUAUAGAGGCUCACCGGUUGAAACUGCAAAACACAUUGAGAACUCCAGUCUAUACAACAUCGCAAAGAAGAAACGCUAUGGGCGUCGGUCUUGUUUUCGAAGCUGACCUUUUCACUACCGAACAUAUAAGUCAUUGGAUAUUGCAGGGCGUUAGUUUAAUGUUAAACACUGACUGAUUAUACCUAUAGAAAUAUACUUGAUAUUUUUUCA